AUGUAUACCGUCACUAAAUUAUUGACUAAUAUCGGUGAUAAUAACCUUAAAGCCACCACAAUUAUUCAGGAAACAGAUUCUUCGAUGCAGACAAAAGCGAAUAAAAGCAAUUAUGAACGUAAUUCGGAUAUUCUGCAUAUGUUGCUAGAAGGGAAAACGUGUGAGCCUAUUUCAUUAAAGGAAUUUCAUGCUUUUUUGAAAUACAAAGAACGCUCGAUUGAAAAUCUCGAAUUCUAUCAAUGGUUUCAACGCUAUAAGCUCAAAUUCGCUAAUCUUCCGGUGGAGCAACGAGAUUUAUGUCUGACAGCAAGAACAUUAGAACGACGUUCUAGUCUGACAGGAAAAGGAUUAGCUUCUUACACGGAACAAUCCGUUAUGUCAAGGAAAAGCGGCGAGACACCUCAAUUAUCACCAACAAUACCGAAUUUUCAAGAGGCAGAGAGUUUUGAUGCUGCUACUCUAGUUGGCAUGAAAAGAAAUUCAUCCGGAUCAACACUUUUAGGAACGCCUUUAGCAUCAAAAACCAAUUCUAUAAUAACUGUGAAUCCUGGGGAAAAAUCAAGUCUUCGCAUAGAUGAUUCUACAUUUGUAGACUUGGAUUUAUCAACAGGUGACCUGUUUGCACAAGCCUUUGCACCAGAUUCUCCGUUUUUCAAAGAUCUUAAUCCGAAUGAUUUACAGUUAACAUCACUUCCACCAGCAACAACUCGGUCAUCAUUGUCAUCUUAUCGAAGUACAAUUAUCCAAAGUGCACAAAUUGUAAAAAUUUAUCUUCCCUCUCAAACUCGUUUCCAACGAAAAAAUCUCCAAGUUAUACCUUCACCAAUAACGAUACCUUACAAUCUAGUCACUUCAACUUCAGUUCAGCCAUUCCGAAAUGAAGUCGACCAAAUCAUACGAACUUAUCUGACUGCUGAUGCUGCAAAAGAACUAAACAUUCCGUCGACGAUGCGUAAAUCUGUGAUUCGCUUUGCUACUCAGACAACUCAUCCGAGCAUAUUUGAGCCAGUCGUUCGAUACGUGUAUAAUCUGAUGCGACAAAACUCAUUGAGAAACUUUAUGAAGGAUGCAGUGCAGAAUGUUGACUCGUGUGCGAGGUGGAAUUUGAUUAGGAAAUCAUCAUUUGCUUUUAGUUUAACUUUGGGGAUAUUGUUACCUAUGAUCUUAUUUGGAAUUAGCAGAUGGUGGAGAUUAUUGGCAUUCCCAUUUUUAUAUAUAGGAACCGCAUAUCUUAUUGGUGCCCGGAAGCGAUUUUGUUUUCAAAGAUAUGCUCUACGCGAACGCGUUCUCAAACCGUACGAAAUAAAUGCCACAGAGAAUGGUCUAGAAAUCGGUGAUUUAACCGGUGACUUUUCCAAUUUCACCGAUAAAAUAAAAUCAUCUGGUGAAGGAGUCAAGAAUGCGGUUGCUGGCAAAGUUUUGGAUCCAAUUAUUGAAGAGAUGCAAGGUAAAAUUGUACGUGGUUGGAUUGUUGGCGUGGCUUUAACUAUAGCAUUGGGUAUUCAGGUUGCGGUAAUGUUAGUGCCAGAGAAAUUGGUUUAG